CUCCCUCCUUCCCUCCCGCCGCCGCCGCCAUGGUGUCCUGCGGCGCCUUCUACAGCUUCCUCUUCGAGUACGACACCCCCCGCAUCGUGCUGAUCCGCAGCCGCAAAGUGGGGCUCGUCAACCGCCUGGUGCAGCUCGCCAUCCUCGCCUACGUGAUCGGCUGGGUCUUUCUGUGGGAGAAGGGCUACCAGGAAACAGAUAAUGUGGUCAGUUCUGUAACCACCAAGGUGAAAGGAGUAACUCUGACAAACACGUCCAGCUUGGGAGCCAGGAUCUGGGAUGUAGCUGACUAUGUCAUCCCUCCUCAGGGAGAGAACUCUGUGUUCGUCAUGACAAACGUGAUCCUCACGCUGAACCAGACGCAAGGCUACUGCCCUGAGCUUCCAGAUGACAAAACAAUAUGCACGGCAAAGGAGGACUGUGCUCCAGGAUACGCUGACACCCACAGCAAUGGCAUUCAGACUGGGGAGUGUGUACCAUACGACAGCAACAUCAAGACCUGCGAGAUCCUCGCGUGGUGCCCUGUGGAGAAUGACUCUCAUAUACCCAAGCCAGCGUUCCUACAGGAAGCUGAGUACUUUACCAUUCUAGUGAAGAACAACAUUUGGUAUCCUAAGUUCAACUUCAGCAAGCGAAACAUCCUCCCCACUAUCAACUCCACCUACCUCAAGAACUGCAUCUAUGACUCCCAGACAGAUCCCUUCUGUCCUAUCUUCCGUUUAGGGAAAAUAGUUGAAGCUGCAGGGCAGAACUUCCAAGAAAUGGCUGUGGAGGGUGGAGUCAUGGGGCUGCAGAUCAACUGGGACUGCAACCUUGACCGAGCUGCUUCCCACUGUGUGCCAAGGUACUCCUUCCGUCGCCUCGACAGCAAGGACUCUGGCCACAACGUGUCGCCUGGAUACAACUUCAGGUUUGCAAAAUACUACAGGGAUCAGAAUGGCACUGAAUCACGGACACUUGCCAAAGCUUAUGGCAUCCGCUUUGAUAUCAUAGUGUUUGGAAAGGCAGGAAAAUUUGACGUAAUUCCUACAAUGAUUAACAUUGGCUCUGGCUUAGCACUGUUUGGAGUGGCAACCGUCCUAUGCGACAUUGUUGUCCUGUAUUGCAUGAAGAAGCGAUAUUACUAUCGGGAGAAGAAAUACAAAUACGUGGAGGAUUAUGAACUGGGUGGCAGUGAGACAUACGGAACAAACUCCUGACCUGCUGCUGCAGCACCAACUGCUGAAUGUGAACUGCUGCUGUGAACGUUACUCUGAACCUGCCAUAAGACCCCCCCCCCCCCCCUUCUCUGGGAGGAGGAAAGAGGGACCACCAGACCCUAUUCACUACUCAUCACCUUUGCUGGCCAGAGCCUACCUCCAAAGAGAAGAACUGGAGCUGCUGCCUGUCUGCUGUCUUUCCGGGGUAAUUGAGCAAAGCACAUACGGAGCGUCGUGCUUUUGCGCCAGGCCUCUGCACGAGCUACGCCUGGGCCAGGGACUGCUCUGUCGCAGUCAUUUCAACAGUCCUCCUUUCUCUGAGUUCACUGGUAGCAGAGAACUGCAGAGCCCUUAGCAGAUACAGGCCCCUGCCAGGCGUUGCCUAGCCUUGGGAGAGCAGCUCCUUGCUGUUAUCAAAUCACUUUUCCUUACUGUGAAGGAUCAUGAUGUUUAGCUGAGGCUGUACCCAUUAUUUGAUUGUGUCUCCAGGCUCCAGCGGCCACAAACUGAGACAAAGUGGUGUCCAGUUUUGUUGUGCUACAAUAGUGAAUGGCUUUAGCUGAAUGGGUUACUGGUUACAAGAACCCCCCCCCCCCCCCCCCCCCCCAGUUUGACUAUUUUUAUGCUACUACUUUAAAAUUGACUUUCAUUUUUAAUAAAGUACUAUCCUCUAUGAGCCAUCUUGGAGGCCUGCAAGCUGUUUUUCUCCCCCAGGGCCUGUAAGGAUUAGGGCCAGUUAACUGCCUUCGCUUUACACAGGCAGAAACUCCUACUAGGGAGCUAUCAAAGCCAGCGCUGCGCUCAGCUUUGCCUCUCGCCUCUCUCAGCAGCAGUGCUGGGUGACACCUCAGGCAUCUGCUCCACCUGGUUCUCCUAACAGACAGGUCCAAAGCUUGCGUCCAUUUGCAGGAUGGACAGUUCACCUUGUCUGUGCCUGUUGUGCUGGAAGAAGCUCAUGUAAGUUAAAACCUUACCCAAGGGGAAAGACUUAGAAAUUAGGGCCCAGGAUGGGUUAGCCCAGCACUGCUGGAGCCAGAAGUUAGUGUAGUCCCUGGCAUACCCUCCAUACCUCGGUACUGAGGGACUUUUCACCCCCAAACCCUCUAUCUGGGCAUUUAAUGUGCGUGCUUAGUUUGACUUAAGUGCAUCUGUUGACUGCUGUCUACAGGUGGCCCUCAGCUUCUCUAGUGAGAGCACUGAUAUGCAAAGAACAGCUCUUCCUUUCUCUGAACCUUUUUGCGUAUUCCAGACCUCAGGCAUCCCGGCUGGCAUUUUGCUACCUUUUUUGAGCAGUGCUGGGGUGUGCUGCAGCAUUACCUGGUGCCACGGAGCAGUUUUGCUUCAUUCUUUAUCUCGAUACCAUCUGCCCCGUGCUGCUGAGCCCUAAACUGAGAGUAACAACUCAAACCAGUGCUUUUCCAAGAGUGAGCUCUCCAGUGUGCACGUGCGACUGGCUCAGUUUCAGUUAUGCAAUGACUAGAGCCAUUGCGGUCUCGUCCUAGGCCGUGAUUCCCAAUAGUAGUAGUGCACCAGAUUACAGCAGGAGGGGAAGGUACUGUCAGAACACCCCCCCCCCCAAAAAAAAGCCCCAAACUCCCAAAGCUUGAUAAAGACUGCUAAAAUGAGAUAAUGGCUCCACUUGAUACACUAACUCUGGGUUUGGUUGCAUGUUGUUUAUUUCAACUUGUACAGAGAAGCUUGAACAGCUGUGUGGAAAAAAAAACACACCUUUUUUUUGUUUCUUAGGUAAUAUAAUUUAAAAGUGAUAAAUACACAGUAUUUAAACUUGAUACACCUGAUAAAGUUAAAUGCAUAAUAAAGGGGUAGGAAUGAAACACAAGCCUCGGUCAUUAAACAAAACAGUAUAAAAAUCAGCAAUAGUUUCAGGACCUUAGAAAAGAAACGGAUCAAUUGCCUGAUGGGUAAUAGGGGAUCCACCAAGAAAAACUACUCACGCCUGCUUUCCCCUUAGCACUUUGCCGUGUGCUUUCAGAGCCAAAAAGGCUUAGUACCCAGCAGUAACCAUACAGUCAGCACUGGGCUUGCUUAAAAGGAAGGGAAUUGGGGAAAAUCAAGCUGUAACCCAGUUCCAAGGCACAAGCAAAAUGUUUACUUCACUAUAAGAAAAAAAACUAGCUUGACUACUACACAGCAGAUACAGAACUGAGCAGAUUUGUAUAUACAGUACAGCUUCUCUAACAGGUCAUGCAUUUAGAUAAGAGAUCUUUCUCACACAUCCAAGUUUUAUACUUUCAACAAAACUAAUCAACAAGGAACUCUACAUCAAAUCUCGUUCAGAAACGUGCAUUUGGCUGCAGCCAUGCUGGAGCUGGCACUAACAGACGGUCAUUUUUGAGGUGCAUUUUAAGGAAGUGCUGAGCUUUUGGAUGCUUAUGAACCGAGCCCAUCGCUGAUCCAUGCCGAUAGCUGAAGCCCAGUAACCACGUGGCUGGGCAGCUAGGAACUGGGAUAGGUUGUUCUGUUUAGAAGCUGCAUUGUACCUAGCGAGCCUGUUUGGUAAGUUUAAACCAUCUUGCUAAGCACUUGCCAAAUCACAAAAAUUGAGAUAUUCAGCACUAAAUAGCUCUACAGCUCACUCACUUUUAACAAAAAAAACCAUGCCACACACAUUACUCUGCAAUGGCUACAAGCAGUCAGACUCUGCCCCCCCCCCCCCCCAACAA